UCGUAUAUAGGUAGGCCUUUUGAUAAAAAAAAUUUAACCAAUCAUUAACAAUACUCAAAAAAUAUUUGAAAACCAUAGUAACGUAUCGAAAAAUUGUUUCAAUUUUUAAAGAGUUUAGUGAUAAGAACACACAAAUAUGUCUCAAUUUAUCGUACCUAUUUUGAGGAAAUCUUUACGUUUUCCUUCUAUAAUUCCACUGCAUGUAGGUAUUCGAUCUACUCAUUGGCAUCUAAGAAUGGCUGGAAACAGGGAACAAGUAGGUUUUGGUAUGAAUGGAAACCCCGUUUACUUCGACUCAGAGGUAUAUCCUUUUGCUGCUAUCAGAUGGAAAGAACCCACUCCCGAAUUAUGUUGCCUUUGGGAAAAAGAAAAAGGAGAUUGGGGAAGACUUACUCGUGAAGAGAAGAAAGAACUCUACCGAGCUUCAUUCAGACAAACAUACGCGGAAUUCAUGGCUAUAUUACCCGAAUGGAAAUUUGGUACUGCUUUAUGUUGUUGGUUAUUCAGUGCAUCAUUGUGGUUUAUUUAUUUGACCAAUUUCAUCUACCCAGAAAUGCCAGAUUCGUUUUGUGAAAACAAACGCAAAGCUCAACUACGACGCAUUAUUGAUUUGCAGCAAGAUCCAGUAUUUGGAAUUUGUUCUCAAUGGGAUUAUGAGAAAGAUAAUUGGAAAAAAUAUUCUUGAAUAUAAUUUGUAAUUAUUUUUGUUCUGUUUAUGGAUUGAUAUUCGAAUAAUACUAUUACAUAGUAGUUCGUUCCUUUUCAAUAAAACACAUGAAAAAUA